ACGUCACGGAUUUCAUCUCGUUCCUCCUUCGUUUCGUUUGGACACCAGACAAGUUAGCACAAAGCUAACAAGCAGGCGAAGAGCUAACUAGCCGCAUUUCUUUUCUUUAUUUCUCACAUUUAUAUAAACUAAAGUAUUAUACGGUCUGUUUGGGGCGUCUUAUUUAAUAGGACACGUUUUUGUCGGCAAACCAACUUGCGACGUCGUUUCUCUUGACGCCCGGAGGAGACACAGAGCCAUGUACAAUGGUAUUGGCCUGACCACUCCGCGGGGCAGCGGCACUAAUGGAUAUGUGCAGCGUAACCUGUCGAGCCUCCGGGUCAAGCGGCCGCGGGAUGAACGCGGCGGCGAGCGGGACGAGAAGGACCGGGAAAGGCUGGAGAGUCAGCUCAACAGGCAGCCCAAUGCGGACAUCCUGGAGCACCAACGCAAGAGGCAGCUGGAGGUCAAGUGUGCAGAGCUGCAGGACAUGAUGGAGGAGCAGGGAUAUUCGGCAGAGGAAAUCGAGGAGAAGGUGAACAGCUUCCGAAUGAUGCUGCAGGAAAAAGAGGAGCCGACUCCUGUGGCCAAUGAGAGACCAACGGCGACAGAGACUCAUGCUCUGGCUGCGGCGAACCAGCAGAAGAAUGACCGUCUUCGUGCCGCUUUUGGAAUCUCAAAUGACUACGUGGACGGAUCGUCUUUCCACGCCGACCGGAAGGAGAAAGAGAAGGAGAAGAGAGAGCAGGAGCGCCUGGAGAAGGAGAGGCUGCAGCAACAACAGAAAUAUAUGUUGGUGGAAGAUUCAGACGAUUCAGAUUCUCCUCCCAAGAAGCGCAGUCGAAAGAAGAAGAAGAAAAACAAAAACAGAGACAGCAGCUCAGAGAGUCCCUCCUCGUCUCCUCGGCGAGAGAAGAAGAAAUCCAAAAAGAAGAAAAAGAAACGUGAGGUGUCUGAAGAAGGGGAGGAAGAAGAAGAGAGUUCUUCAGAUGAGAAGCAAAAAGUGUCAAAGAAGAAGAAAAAGAAGAGAGAAAGUUCAAGUCCUCCGAAAGCAAAGGCAGGGAGACCGAUAAGUGUCUCCUCCAGCUCAGCCCACAGCCCGUCUCCAGCUCCUCUGAGAUCACGUCAACAAGAACAAACGGCAAGAAAAGCUGAUGAAGGAAGAAAAGGGAGAUCGCCGGACAGGAGGAGACCGGGUUACGAGGAGCACAGCCCCCAUCAUGGAGGCGAAGGGAAGAGGCCUAAUCUGGAAAAGGAAAAAGAGCGACCAAGGGAGUCGGAGAAGAACUCCACCAAGAGGAGACAUGACUCCUCUUCCCCCUCUCCACCACCACAGACAGAGAAGGGCAGAGAGAAGGGAAAAGGGCGGCGAUCUAGAAGCAAACAGAAGGAGACAGAGAAGGGGAGGCGCUCUAGGAGUAGAGAGAUGGAGAAAAGGCGGCGCUCCAGGAGCAUAGAGAACGAAAGAGAGAGGGGAAGCAGAGAGAUGGAGAAAGGUUCAAGGAGCAGAGAAGACGAGAGACAGAGAGGCAGGCGCUCGAGGAGUGUCGAGAUGGAGAAAGGAAAGCGUUCUGGGAGCAAAGAAAAUGAGAGAGGGAGAGGAGGGCGGUCCAGGAGCAGAGACGUGGAAAAGGGGAGGCGGUCCAGGAGCAGAGAUGUAGAGAAGGUGAGGCGGUCCAGGAGCAGAGAUGUCCAAAAGGGGAGGCGCUCAAGAAGCACAGAAAGGAAGGAUAAAGGAAAGGAGACAGCUCCUCAGAGGACCAGACAUGACUCCUCCUCCUCGUCCUCCUCCUCCUCCUCUUCACCCUCUCCUCCUCCUCCCCCUCCUCCACCUAAACAGGACAUCAGGAAGGAAAGGACUAAGGAAAAAGACAAUAAUAAGCAGGACAGAAAGAUGAGGCACGACUCCUCAUCCCCUUCUCCUCCACCCGAGAAAGAAAGGGCGAGGAAUGAGAGGAGUGGUGAGAGGGAGCGCAGGACUGAUAGAGAUGUGCACCCCAGGGUGCAAAACGAACGGGAAAACAGGAGGGACACUGGAAGGAGACAGGAGAGAGAGGGGUCUCCCUUGCAGCAGAAAAAUGACAGAAGAAGGGACGGACACCCACCUCGAGAUUCUCGGUCGCCCCCUUCGCGCUCUCCUGUCGCCAAUGGGCGUCAAAGAGAAAGGGAGGACGAGAAGAGGAGGGAGGUUGAGAAGAGGAGGGAGGACGAGAAGAGGCGGGAGGUUGAGAAGAGGAGGGAGGACGAGAGGAGAAGGGAGGACGAGAGGGACAGGAAUCUGAACAAGCAGAGGGAAAGAGAGAUCGGUCAAGACGGCAGCAGAAAGAGAGACGAGGCUCCCCGGCCAGCUGCAGAAAGCAGACGAGAUGGAGCCAGAGCUUCAGAGAAAAGCAGAAGUGAAAGAGUGGAGACAAACACGAGUAAAGAGAAGACCAGAAGCCCCUCCAGAAAGGAGAAACAGGAGGUGAAACCGGCUGAGAAAAAAAGGGAGAGCAGCAGUAGUGGUAGCAGUAGCAGCAGUAGCAGCAGCGGUAGUGACAGCGAUAGCUCCUCGUCCUCCUCUUCGUCAUCUUCUUCCUCUUCCUCCUCUUCCUCUGAAGACGAGGGGAAAGCGAAGAAAGCUGGCUCGGCAGGCAGGGAAAAAAGCAGCCCUGCUAAAAACGCCCCUUCCACCAUAGGCGCCGCGGUUCAAAGGUAUUUAGCCAACGGCAGUAAGGAAAGCCCCCCCGCCGCGUCUGACAGCAGCAGACGAGCUCAGAAGGAGAGGGACGAAGGACGAGACAAACGGGAACGAGACUCCCACAAAGCUCCUGCCGUGAGUAACUCCUCCAACAAAGGUCAAGAGCGAUACAGUCCCACGCAGGUCGACAGCCCCAGCCCGCCUCCGUCCCCUACCAAGCGAGCAGACGCCAGCAGAAGCAGCAACAGACACUCCCCCUCUGAGGCUGAAGCGGUGAAAGCGAGGGCGGAGGUGAAAGACAGGGAGAGAGGGCGAGACCGGGAUGCACCCAGAAGGCCGGCGAGGUCAAGCCCCUCCACCAGGAGGUCACGCUCUCCACCCCAGAAAACCACCGCCGCCACCACAUCCCCGCCACGUCGCACUCCGCCGAGGCAGUAUCAGGAACCACCCUCCAGAUCCAGGAGAGCUUCUCCACCCCCGUCCUGGUCAGACCGCGAUAGAGAGAGGCAGCGGGACAGGGACAGGGACAGGGACAGAGAACGGGAGAGGUUCACCAGGAGGAGCAGGUCGAGGUCCAGAAGUCCGAGAACGCACAUCAGGCCCAGGUCCAGAAGCCCGAGAAGGAGAAGCCCGCUCUACAGGUCUCGUCCUUCUCCACCACGCCGGAGGAGGAGCAGUCGCUCUUUGUCCAGAGAGAGAGCAAGAGAAAGGGAACAAGAGAGAAUCAGGCAGAGGGAGGUAGAAAAAGAGAGACAAAGGGAAAAGGAGCGUCUGCCCCCAAAAGAGAUCCCCCCACCUCGCAGGUCCUCCUCAUCCUCCUCUUCUUCCAGCUCCUCCUCUUCCUCCUCGUCGUCUCCCUCUCCGCAGCGCCAGAGGAAAGACACAAAAGCACCAACAGAGGGAGACAGAAGGGACGAGAAAGAGGACAAGCCGAGAGAGGACAGAGAACAGAAAAGCCGUUCCUCUUCUUCACAGCGUCUUUCCAGGGAGUUACCCCGCGCUCCGUCGACAACAUCCGCUGGAAGAAGCUCCCAGUCGGACUCCAGGCGCCCGGAUGUGACCUCCAGGAGGUCUCCAGCCAGCAGCCAACCAGAGGGCAAGCAGUCGUCUCGUGGUCCAAGCAGGAAGGAGGAGUCACCUGUGCCCGCACCUCAACAGUCAGACCAAACAGUCAGGAGUGAGAGCGCCGUGAACGGGAAGCAGGCCGCCGCCGCAAACAAAAAACCCAACGCGAGCAGCAGCUCCGGCUCCAGCUCCUCGUCCUCAUCCUCCUCUUCUUCGUCCUCUUCGUCCUCCUCCUCAGACAGCUCGGACUCUGAAGCGGAGCAAGAAAAAGGUAAAGACGCCAAAGCUCAAAGCUCUUCUUCAUCAUCGUCUUCAUCAGAGGAGGAAAAGGAAACUAAGAAAACAAGGUAAGAAGAGAAUGAGAGCAGACAGUCACCGAGCAGAACGUCCAGCAGCAGACGAAGGAAAUGAGAAGACGGCUUGACGCGCUCUACUUUUCUCCUCUUUGAGUUGUUUCUCUGUUCAUGGCCGGAGGGGUUUUGAACCGGACGUCACCACGGACAUAACGGGCGGCGAGCGGUCAGUCGAGAUGAAACAACUGUGAAUGAUAGUUUCCUGGUUCUCAGCCAAUUAUCAACAACGCGUUUGUUUUAAGCAGUGAUGACCCUGAAGGCUGGCCUGUACAUUUCUUUUUAUAAGGUGAAUAAGAAAUGUGCACAAUCUCACACACACACACACAUACACACACACACACACACCACACACACACACACAGUAAAGUAAAAUGUAUCUAAGAAUUCUUCUCUUUGCUUGUACUCUUCGUUGCAGUCUACCUGUAGAUAUGAGCUGUCUGUAUUUUGGUUAUUACCAUGUAACAGGAAACUGAAAUGUGGUUAAUUUCUUUGUUGAAAUGGUAAAUAAUAAUAAAACACGUUGUACAUUUUAA